AUGUUUGUUCGAAUUCAAAAUACGUGGUCAAUACGUGAUGCAGCAGCUGAAAAUAGAUUUCAAGUUCGUGAUGAUGCAAAAGUGGAUGAUAAUGGUAGGGGUUUUCAUCUGCCCUUCUUGACGUUUGCUGUCAUUGCAAUUGCAGUGGUUAUAGGGCUCCUGGGUAUGGUGAUAUUGCGCAUCUUCGUUUUACAACGUCGCUAUAGUACUAACAUGCCUCAAGAAACUGUUUCAUCAGCCGUGUACAAUAUACCAACCGAAAACCCUCCCCCGAUUUACGAGCAUAAAGUUUUAACCGCGUCUGAUACUAAUACCAAGUUGUCUUGGAAUGAUUUGCAACCAAUAUCAGUAGCAUUUGAUCGUACAAUCACAUCAAAUGUACGAUUGGAUGCAUGCGGCAAAUCUGAUACUUCUCAAGUGCAAGGUUUGAAGCCACCUAAUGCCAGUGUGCAGACAACUUUUAUUGUCGGCCUUCCAACUCCUGCACAAACUGUUUUCCCGCCUUGGCUACGUCGACGCUCUUCCAACAUCCAUAAAAAGGGAAUGGAAACUGAGUUGUCUAGACGAAGAAGUCGGAUGUCGUUGAAAAAAGAUGCUGCGGGCGAUGCGGAUGACCUUUCGCAGAAACCGCAGUACGCUCCUAGCAUUCACAGCAACUUGUCGCAAAAAGAGCAAGGUGACGCUCGUCGAGAAGCAUACUUUCUUAAUUUGGGCUCUUCUAAUGGUGACUCAGGGUUGGGUCAUUCCCAAUCCGUCCGUUUAAAUUUAUCGCAUGCAAAUCAAACCAUUUUGAAUCGACAUGAUACAACAAUCGACAAUGACGAAGAAGUCAUUGGUGCUAUCGCGCUUGGCACUAUGUCGAUGCAAGUGAAAGAACCUAUGGAGAACAAGGAUGAUUCGUGCGUGCCCUUGACAAAAGAUACUCUCUCUGGAAUAUUGCAUCAUGCCAAAAAAGUGCGUGAUAACUUUGCGUCAAAAGUCUAA